AGGCAGACAGGUUACCUCCCACAUUGACUGUUGCCAUAGAUCUGAGUCAGCAAAUAUCCCUCUCAUAAACCCUUGUUGACUAGUGUUCAAAACAAAGUCCACAAUUUGUGUGGGUGGCAACCGGCGUCUUUAAAUCAGCCAGCUUUAAAUCGUGAAGUAGCCUAUGCAAUUCCGGAAGCCCAGUUGCGAUGCUUGGGUCGGUGGUGUUGUUGUGGCUCUUUAUCCUCCUUCUAUUCUUCUUCAUCAGGGUCCGCCGACCUAAAAACUUCCCACCAGGACCCCGUCCCCUGCCCAUCCUUGGCAAUCUGCUACAGCUGGAUCCUGUCAACCCCCUCAAAGACCUGGAAGGGCUGAAGAGGCGCUAUGGUAACGUGUUCAGUCUGUACAUCGGCUCACGGCCUGCAGUGGUUCUGAAUGGCCUGGAGGUGGUUCGUGAGGCACUGGUGACACGCGCAGCAGAAUAUGCUGGACGACCAACCCAUAUGAUGGUCAGCCACCUCUUCAAAGGCAAAGGGAUCGUCAUGGCCAAUUAUGGCUCCAGCUGGAGGGACCACCGGCGCUUUGCACUGACCACGCUGAGAAACUUUGGUCUGGGCAAACGCUCCAUGGAAGAGCGCAUCCUGGAGGAGGUUUCCCACAUCUGCACUGAGCUGGAGAGCAGUGCUGGCGGUUCGAUGGAUCCUCAGCACCUGUUCCAUCUUGCUGCGUCUAACAUCAUCUGCUCACUGAUUUUCGGAGAGAGGUUUGAAUAUGAUGACCCGGUCAUCCUCACCCUCAUCCAGAGGUUAGAGGAGUUUACCAAGGAAGCUAUUGGACCUUGGGCCAUGCUCUAUGAAAUCAUACCAGUCUUGAGGCCCCUCCCUUUGCCAUUCAGGAACGUUUUCCACAAAUUUGAUAAAAUGAAAGAACAUAUCAAGAAGGUUGUGACCAAGCACAAACAUUCAAGGAUCGCAGGAGAGCCCAGAGACCUCCUUGACUGCUACCUGGACCAGAUUGACAAGACAGCUGAUGGAGGCUCCACAUUUAAUGAUGCUCAGAUGGUGUCUCUACUACUUGACCUGUUCAUUGCUGGGACAGACACGACUUCCAACACCCUCCGCUCUGCCAUGCUAUACCUGAUGACCAACCAGCAUGUACAGGAUCGCUGUCACCGAGAGAUCACCGAGGUUCUUGAGGGACGUGCAGACGCUUCGUUUGAGGACAGACAUGCCAUGCCGUAUGUUCAAGCCACGAUCCACGAGGCACAGCGCAUGAGUGACACCGUUCCUCUUAGCGUGUUCCAUACUACCUGCAGCAACACACAAAUAAACAGCUACCAGCUGCCCCAGGGCACGAUGGUGAUUCCUAACCUGUCUUCAGUGCUGCAUGAAGAGGGCCAGUGGAAAUUCCCUCACGAGUUCAACCCUGAGAACUUCCUCAACGAGGUCGGAGAGUUUGUGAAACCAGAAGCCUUUCUGCCAUUCUCUGCAGGAUCUCGUGUGUGUCUGGGGGAGGGGUUAGCACGUAUGGAGCUCUUCCUGGUUCUAGUGACAUUGCUUCGGCGUUACCGAUUCGUCUGGCCUGAGGAUGGAGGUGUCCCAGAUUUCAGCCUCAUCUUUGGUGGGACACAGUCUCCAAAGCCCUACCGCCUUGGAGUGCGCCUGAGGAGCAGCGAGGAGCUACCCACAGUCUCCACAAGAGAGAUCUAGUUCUGUCAGACAGCUAUAGAUCUUGUUCUGUAAUAAUUCAACUUCAUUUCAGUAAUUCAUCCGAUGAGUAGUUUUUCAACAAUGUGUAACCCACCAUUUAAUGCCUUAUAAUCUGUGUCAGCUUCUGUAAGGAUCAGAUAUUGGAUUGAUCAUUCAAACUAGAUCUUUCAGCAUGCUUGCAUGUAAUCUUGUAAUCCAUACCAUUGUUAAAACUAUUGGUUUUGUGUUUAUGUUAAUUACAACUAAUUGUAUCUUCUUAUCAAGUUUUCUGAAGUAAAAUAAUAAUUACUAAAACCAUGUGAUUUGGAUUAAAAAUGUGAACCUCUGA